UAUUUUUAUUCAUUUAUAAAACUUUUAUAUUAUUUAAAUUUUUAAAGAUUCCUUUAUUUAAUGACUCCUACAAGUCGUUAUAAAAUAAUUACAAUGAUAUUGUUGGCUUCUUUAACGUGGGAACAAGUAAUAGCUGUAUCACAAUCUGGAUUCCAAAAAGCUAAUCAUCAGGUCACGCUUAGUCAAAUCAAAAUUUCAUCAAAUUCACAUAAAAAGGAAAGCUUUAACCCACAAUUUAAAAUCAUGCGUAUAACCUUGUCUAAAACCGAAAGAACAAAAUAUUUUUCCAAAGCGACCCAUUCUCCUAAAAAUUCUAAAGAAAACCUCGAAGAUAUAUGUGGGAGAGUCUCAAUCACUGAAAAUGAUAGGGAAAAUUACGCAAAAUUGGACAAAUUUUUAACUACCACAAAUUUUCCACAAGGAAGUUAUGUUAAUAUAUCUUUUAACAAAAUUGCGGAAGGAAGAUCCUUAUUUAAAUUGGCAUCUUCAAAUUCAAACAUAGAAGAAACCAAAGAUUUUAAUAGUAAUGGGAGCAAUUUCAAUUAUGAAAGAGCUUCUUCUAAUUCAAAUAGAUACGACAUUGUGAAAGAUGAUGAACUAGCUUCCGACAUAGAGGAAUAUAGUGAGAAGUCUAAUAAAGAAAUAUUUGAUUAUCUUUGGUAUUACAAUGUUUCCAAAAGUCGAUACGAUACAAUUAAUAGUCAGAGAAUAGUAGGCGGGAUGCCCUCUCCUCCUGGAGCCUGGCCCUGGCAAGUAAGUAUUAGAAUGAGAGGCAGGCACGGAUGUGGGGGUUCGCUGAUAAAUGACAUUUGGAUUAUAUCUGCUCAACAUUGUUUUAUCAGAGAUAAAAUCAGUCAAAAUACAAGGGUAAACAGAACAAAGAGCUCAUUGGACUAUACACAAUUUACAAUUCAUCUGGGAACGGUAUCGAAAACGGAAAAACAUGAAAAUGAACAAAUUAGAAGAAUAGAGGAUAUCAUUUAUCACAAAGAUUAUGGCAUAAGCAAAAUGUAUGACCACGAUAUCGUUCUGAUCAAAAUGGACAAACCAGUAGAUUUUAAUAAGUUUAUCUCACCCAUAUGCUUAAUUUCUAAUAAAGACACGAUUUUGACAUCCUCGUUCUGUUAUGUAACCGGGUUUGGAGAUGUUCAAGGUAAAGGAAAAGAAUCUGUUCUCAAUGAAUUAAAUCUGCCUAUUUUAGACUUCAAUCUCUGUAAUAGCAAAGAUUAUCUGAACCAAAGAUUGACAACUAAUAUGUUAUGUGCUGGCGGCGAAGUGGAUAAAGAUGCAUGUAAGGCAGACAGUGGCGGCCCAUUAGUUUGUUUAGACAACGAAAAACGCUAUAAAUUGGUAGGUAUCGUAUCAUGGGGAAUUAAGUGUGGAUUAAAAAAUAGACCCGGAGUAUACACCAAAGUGAUAAAUUAUGUCGAUUGGGUCAGAAAAAAUAUGGAAAAUUACCGGAAAAACGAUUAAGCAAGAUCAAAUAAUUUUUGUAAUAAAUAAAAAAUUUAUCACAUUUUAUCAUUUAGAUAUGUAUAAUAUUCUGUAAUAUCAACAUCAAUAAACGUUUCACUUGCUCAAA